AUGUCGACUUCACACGCGUUCGAAUAUAGUAAGAGUAGCAAAUCAAAGUGUCACGGCCCACCACCAUGCAAAGGAUCGCCCAUUGAGUUAGGAGCGCUGCGGUAUGGGCAAGUAAAUUUUGGACCAUACGGAGAGACGGUAGAAUGGCGGCACUGGGGCUGCGUUACACACGAUCUAUUACAAGGGCUGUCGGGCGUUCAGCUCGAGCGCGUUCCGGGAUUCACCAAUCUUCGGCAAGAAGACCAAUCAAAAAUACGUCUCGCUGUGGGCCUUCGUCGCAUAGAUCCUGCAGAUGUACCCAACACCGCCAGAGAAUUGACCUUCAGUCAGAGCACAGUGCCGAGCUUGCCUCCCGCACCGAGCUUGCCUUCCGCACCGAGCUUGCCUUCCGCACCGAGCUUGAGUCAGACGCCUAGCACCGCGAUGGGUACUACCGCACCGGGUCCAAGCCAAAAAAAGAGGAAGGCCGCCUUCCAAACGACUAUGGCAUCAUCACAACCACCGCGAUCUCAGUCUAGUACGAGUCAACUGCCCGCGAGCCAGCCCUUGCGCCGUCUCUCAGAUCGGUUUGAGGAGGAACAGAACAACGAGGUCAUCGACGUCGACGAGGCGCAGGAUGAGCUGUACUGCAUGCUCAAAGUCCCAGCUGUCGGUCUGCAGUACUACAAAGGACUUGUCGGCGCUGGUGAAGAAGUCCGGCUAGUCAGAGAGCCAACCAAUGCGUAUGACAGAAACGCAAUCCAAGUAAAGAACAUCGGGGGUACCCAAGUCGGCCAUGUCAAGAGAGAGUUUGCGGCCAGGCUUGCUCCACUUUUGGACCAAGGCCUGAUAACUAUAGAGGGUGUCAUGCAGGAAGGGAACUGUACGACACUAAAGAUAUACGGCUCCGGGAGCCAGAGAGCAACGCUCGAGCCUAAGCUCAUAUGGGCAACACCUGGUCAACGUGGAUUCCCUUCGAGAAAUGGGGCAAGUGCCCAGAUUCCAGGGGCUCCGGUCAGGUCCGCAGGCAUGCCUUCAGCCUCACAAUCAACCGUAGGAGCAAACAGAUACACUGGGGCACCUCCUGCUGCCUAUGGUGCGCAAGGAUAUGGCGGGCGUGGCGGGUAUCCGAUGUCAACUCAACCAAGCUCUAGUCAUCCUGCGAGUCAAAUGACCGCUCAACAGCUAGCUGCUCGAGAGGAGGCCGCGCGCAAGCAGGCAGAGGAAAUGACGAAAUCGACGGAACUACGCCAGAUCUUGAACAGCUUGGAAAAGGUCGACGACGAAGUACGGCGGGGUUCGUUGCUAGAUACCUUGUGCUCGGUAUCAGACGUGCUAGAGUUGCCGGAGCACCCGAGCCCGCCGGGCAUGGCAGGUGGCGAUUUGAGAGUUAAUCUGUUGAAGCAUCAGAGUCAAGCCUUGCAAUGGUGUGUGGAGCACGAGUACCCUGUGUUGCCGAAGAAGGAAGCGGACAAGCCGGUGCAAUUUUGGAAGUACAUGAAGACCAACGGCAGGCCUAUCUACUUCAAUGUUGCUACCAAGACGCCGCAGAGUGUGCCACCCUUGCUUGGUCGGGGUGCCCUCUGUGCUGAUAGCAUGGGUCUAGGAAAAACAUUGACCAUGCUGGCACUUAUCUUAGCAACAAAGUCUGAUAUACCGCCCGAUUUUACGAGGACAACACUCAUUGUCGUUCCAUUGUCAAUAUUGUCCAACUGGGAGAAGCAGAUCGAGGAUCACGUUCAGCCUGGAGCCCUGACUUCGUGUGUGUACUACGGGACCACACGCUCGAUGACGCCAGAGGAUCUAAAGAAAUACGACGUCGUCAUCACCACCUAUCAGACGGUCACGAAGGAACAUGGCGAUAGUCUUGUUACCUCUGCCGGUGGCGAAGGGGCUGCUAAGAAGAAGAAAAAGACGGAAGGCAGCUUGUUCCGGUUGUCUUGGAAGCGUGUCAUUCUGGACGAAGGCCACAGUAUCCGGAAUCCUCGCACAAAGAUGGCGAAGGCUGUAUGUGCGCUCGAGGCCCAACGCCGGUGGGUUCUAACGGGAACUCCCAUUGUAGGCAUCACUAAGCAUUUGGUUCGGCGAUGUACUGACAUACGAUCUUGGUUCUAUCCUCACGUUUUACGAAUCUGCCAUCCUCUGGACAAUGAGGAUAUGUACAAGCGCCUGGUGUUGCGACCAUUGAAGGACGGCGAAGCAAGCGGUGCAGAACUGCUACGAGCCGUCAUGAGCCACAUUUGUAUACGGCGCACAAAGGAGAUGCAAGACAAGGAUGGAAAGCCCUUGAUUCCUUGCCACCGGCAUGUUGACAUCACUGUUAUGCCGGUUACAAUCACUGGCAAAGCCAGAGUCAGUAACUCAAACAUUCUAUCGCUACUUACGCGCUUGCGGCAGAUGGUACUACAUCCCGGUCUCGUGCCACGGAACUAUUUGGAACAACUCCGCCUUGCUGAUGCCCAAGAAGACGCUCCCGUGCGGCAGUUGAGUGCUCAGGACAAGAUACGAUUGCAAGCUCUCCUUGCUCAAGGUAUAGAGGACAACGAGGAGUGCCCUGUCUGCUUCGACAUUCUCAGGGAUCCGAGGAUCACCAGUUGUGCCCAUAUGUACUGUUUGGAGUGGUCCUCCGCCAAGAUCGACCAGUUGAUACAUCUGUUGCAGCUCACGCCCGACACAGAGAAGUCACUCGUGUUUUCGCAAUUCACGUCAUUCUUGGACAAGAUAGCGGAAGCAUUGGAGAGAGCAGGCAUUUCGUACAUUCGAUUCGACGGGAAAAUGUCCGCUCGUCGGCGACAAGAAGCCAUCGCACGAUUCUCCGUCCCGCUACAUGGUUCUGCACCUCCGACAAUUGUCACUACGGAGGCACCAACCGAAACUCAAGAAUCAACCGCCCUCCCUGCGCGCCGCCGCACUCGUAAGUCGACAGCGAGCACGUACGCGGAGGGCGACGCGGCCAUGGGCGACAACGACCAAGACGGCAACUACACGUUCGUUGACGACGGCGACGAUGACGACUUCAUCGAUGACGAGGAUGACGAUAACUCCCCGAGGAAGAAAGUCAAGGGAAAGAAAGGCAAGGGGAAAGGGAAAGCCAAGAAGCAGGCUAGGAUCAGUACCGCACCGCCUUCGACAUCGACAUAUCUGGAUGGCUCAGCGUUUGGGAACGAGGUAAACCCGAAGGUCAUGCUCAUCUCGCUCAAGGCUGGCGCUUUGGGUUUGAACCUGACAGUGGCCAACAAUGUGUAUCUGUGGUGGCAAGAAGGUAUUGAGUCUCAAGCCAUAGACCGAUGCAAUCGUAUCGGUCAGACCAAGCCUGUGCACGUCUACCAGCUGAUCGCCGAGAACACCGUAGAGUCUAAGGUCAUCGACAUUCAAGAGAAGAAGAAAAAGCUGAUCGACCAUGCGUUCUCCGGGAUCAAGAGUAACGAAACGCAGCGCAUGAAGAAGCAGGCGCGGCUUGCUGACCUGGUCGCUUUGUUUGGCAGGAGGCGGGCUGCGCAGGACCAGAACGAAACCGACGAAGCCGACGGCCGCCAGAGUACACUAGACGAGUGGCGGCAGUGAAGCUCGCCUGCGCGGUCGUCGUAAAUCUUUCGUACCAUCUUGCUAAUAGAUUAAGACCACCUGAUCAUUGCAUGUUAAUGCCCGUACCCAUCGCUGGACCGUAAUUUCCAUCGUACAUAGAUUGAUAAUGUACAUGUCGUUCGUGCACUACAUUAAAACACAAACGGCGAGAUGUGAUGAACUGGCAUGUCGGCAUCGUAUUACAUCGGGGCAUACUGCAUGAUCAUGAGCCUAGGGUAACUAUAGAGCAUGAACAACGGUCCAUCGACUAUCGUACACGCCCCUGAACUGCAACGCUUCACUCCCAAUCGCUGUCCUCUUCACCGUCGUCCUUCUCCUUCUCACCUGCCGCCUUGCCCUUCUCUUUCACAGCGGCCGGGGCCGGCUCCUCCCUUUCCUU